UCACCGACCACGUGACCUGAAGUACUUCAUCAUCACCGACCACGUGACCUGAAGUACUUCAUCAUCACCGACCACGUGACCUGAAGUACUUCAUCAUCACCGACCACGUGACCUGAAGUACUUCAUCAUCACCGACCACGUGACCAGAAGUACUUCAUCAUCAUCAUUUAUUCCUUUCACAUUACUAAUAGAAAAAUGAAAAAGAAAGAGAUGAGCUUUGAUUGAUUAAUUGAUUGUUCUUCGUAAACUUCCUGAGGGAAGAGCUGGUCCUGUGCCUUGUAGUUCUGCGGGUCCUAGUGGACUUUGGUGGGUCUUAGUGGGGCCUGGUGGGUUUAGGUGGUCCUGGUGGGCUUUGCUGGGUUCUGGUGGGCGUUAGUAGGUUCUGGUGGUCCUGUUGGGGUUUGGUGGGUUUUGGUGGUCCUAAUGUCUCUGGUGGGCUUUGGUGGGUUCUGGUGGUUCUUGAUGGGCCUUGAUGGGUCCUGGUGGGUUCUGGUGGUCUUGGCGCACAGUGCUUUCAGUGUUUCAGGGCAGGUUGUCUCCAGGGUGUGAAGGGACCCCCUUCAGGAGCCAAUGGUCCUCUCUGUAGACCUGAUGGUUUGUUGUAGUCUAUGGUCCUCUUUCGUGGUCCAGACCCCAGACCGCAUGAUGGCAGGGUACGUGGACACAUCUACUCGCACCAAGAGUUACUCCUGAGCUCAUUUUUAAACUCUUUUUAAAUCACUAUUAGUUUCAAAAUAAAGGUCCGUUGGUUCUAGAUAACUAUGUAAGAGCCGUACUGAAGGACAGAAAGAAACGUGACAAAACAUUUAAUUCUCACUCUAAACUCAUUAAAUUAUAGUUUAAGUGAUUAGCAUAUUUCCCAGGAGGCUUUGCGUUUAGGAAACCUUUCAGCCUCUCUUUUUGACGCAUGCAAGUAGCCGCUAACGUUGCAGUGAAAUCCAGAGAGGUUAGCAGGCGUCUGAAAAUAGCUCCAUGUUAUGAAACGCUGUUUGGGGGGAGGGGGGGUGGAAUAUGAAGGUCUAUCGUAUUUUUUAAAAUCUCUGAAACAGGAUUAUUGUGUCUGUUUAUGAAGCACAUUUUAGUUUUCAGAUAUUCUAGGAAUCGAAAGACUCAUCAGUUCUUGUUGCACCUCGUUGAGUUGAUGGAAAUUCAUUUUUACGUGAUGGCGAUGUAUUAAAAAACAAAACACUUACAUUUAAAAAAACAUAACUUUAAUAAGUAUUUUUUAUGUAACGUACAUUGUGAACACUUCUUGUGUUGUGUUUCUAUACAUCGUUGCUGUUAGCAUCCUGAGACGAGAUGUGUCAGGAGUCAAAGGUCACAAGUCAUAAAAAAGUAAUUUGAAUUUAAAAAAUGAACGCGUGAACUCUGUCUGAGACUGCUUGAUUGACAGGUGAACAACAAAAAGAGCAGGUUGAAGAAUGAAUGUGUAGUCAUGACAGGGCAGAGCAGUUUGAUUGACAGCUCGCUCCUCUGAUUUCUGUCUUCAUGUCCGUCCUCAGGCUGGAUCUCCUUCUCUGGGAUUUACACCUGAGGGUCUGAGAAAACGAUGCUGCAGGACCCCGACAAGGGACUGAGCUGAACCCCCCUCCCUUCCCUCUACCCCUCCCUCCCCCCCCCCCCCCCGGACCCAUCAGCCCCCCCAAUCAUGAACCUGCUCUGCCGCGGCCGCCUGAAGCUGCUGGUCGCCUCCCUCACGGCCGUGGUGCUGCUCACCUGGCUCUACCUGCUGGCUGGGAACCUGGAGAACGGACGCUCCCUCCUGCUGGCCCCCUGCCUGGCCGGGACCCCCCCGGCCCAGAUGCUGGAGCGGGCCGUGCUGGAGUCCAGGGUUCGAGAGGUGGAGGAGGAGAACCGGAGGAUCCGGCUGCAGCUCAGCCAAUCGCAGGGGCCAGCCGGCCAGCCGCCGGAUGGUAACUAUGGCAACCAGCAGUGGGGGGCCUCGGCGGACACGGGGCCGGAGGACGGGGACAACACGGCGGAGGAGAGGAACAACCACACCGAGUGUCCUCGCUCGCCCUCCGUGCAGAAGUGUGAGCUCCUCCACGUGGCUUGUGUUUGUGCCGGUCACAACGCCAGCAGAGACGUGGUGACGCUGGUGAAGUCCGUCCUCUUCCACAGGAGGAAUCCUCUGCACUUUCACUUCAUCACAGACACGGUGGCUCAUCGCAUCCUGAGCACCUUGUUUCAGUCCUGGAUGGUUCCGUCUGUGCAAGUCAGCUUCUACGAUGCAGACGAACUCAAGUCCGAGGUGUCGUGGAUCCCUAACAAACACUACUCUGGUAUCUACGGCCUGAUGAAGCUCACGUUGACCAAAGCUCUGCCAGCCGACCUCUCCAAGGUCAUCGUCCUGGACACGGACAUCACCUUCGCCACGGACAUUGCCGAGCUGUGGGGCAUCUUCAGGAAGUUCACUGACAAGCAGGUGAUCGGCCUGGUGGAGAACCAGAGCGACUGGUACCUGGGGAACCUGUGGAAGAACCACAAGCCCUGGCCCGCGCUGGGCCGCGGCUUCAACACAGGUGUCAUCCUGCUCUACCUGGAGCGGCUGCGGCGGAUCGGAUGGGAGCAGAUGUGGAGGCUGACGGCUGAGAGGGAGCUGAUGAGCAUGCUCAGUACGUCGCUGGCUGACCAGGACAUCUUCAACGCCUUCAUCAAGCAGAACCCCGUCCUGGUGCACCAGCUGCCCUGCUUCUGGAACGUCCAGCUGUCGGACCACACGCGCUCCGAGCAGUGCUACACCGAGGUGUCCGACCUCAAGGUGAUCCACUGGAACUCCCCGAAGAAGCUCCGCGUGAAGAACAAGCACGUGGAGUUCUUCAGGAACCUCUACUUGACCUUCCUGGAGUACGACGGGAACCUGCUGAGACGAGAGCUGUUCGGCUGCCCAAGUCAGGCCAACCCAGAGAGCGUGCAGCUGCAGGCCGCCCUGGAGGAGCUGGACGAGGACGACCAGUGCUACGACUUCCGGCGGGAGCGUCUCACCGUCCACCGCGUGCACCUCUACUUCCUGCAGUACGAGUACACGGCUGCCGAGGACGGAACCGACGUCACGCUGGUGGCCCAGCUCUCCAUGGACAGGCUGCAGAUGCUGGAGGCCAUCUGUAAGCACUGGGAGGGCCCCAUCAGCCUGGCGCUCUACAUGUCCGACGCCGAGGCGCAGCAGUUCCUCCGCUACGCCCAGGCCUCCGAGGUCCUCAAGAACCGCAAGAACGUGGGCUACCACGUGGUCUACAAGGAGGGCCAGUUCUACCCAGUCAACCUGGUGAGGAACGUGGCUCUGAAGAACGCCAACACGCCCUACGUCUUCCUGACUGACGUUGACUUUCUGCCCAUGUACGGCCUCUACGAUUACCUCAGGAGGACCGUGGUCCAGCUGGACAUGGCUCACUCAAAGAAGGCUCUGGUGGUCCCGGCCUUCGAGACGCUUCGCUACCGCCUGUCCUUCCCCAAAUCCAAAGCCGAGCUGCUCUCCAUGCUGGACAUGGGGACUCUGUACACCUUCAGGUAUCACGUGUGGCCUAAAGGUCACGCCCCUACCGACUAUGCCAAAUGGAGAACGGCCACCACGCCCUACCGGGUGGAGUGGGAGGCGGACUUCGAGCCCUACGUGGUGGUGAGGCGGGACUGUCCCGAGUACGACCAGCGCUUCGUGGGCUUCGGCUGGAACAAGGUGUCUCACGUCCUGGAGCUGGAUGCACAGGAGUUUGACCUCACGGUCCUCCCCAACGCCUUCAUGGUCCACAUGCCCCACGCUCCCAGCUUCGACAUCUCCAAGUUCCGCUCCAGCUCCGGCUACCGCAACUGCCUGAACACCCUGAAGGACGAGUUCCACCAGGACCUGUCCAGGAAGUACGGCUCAGCCGCCCUCAAGUAUCUCACGGCCCAGAGGACCGCGUGAGGACCCGGGUACGAGGAGGGGCGGGGCCAGUGAACCUUCACGGACCCUUCAUUUUUGACUUUUCACGGGGAACCUGUGGAUUAAUCCUCCCGUCUACUGGGAGGACGAGGACAAGGACGAGGACAUCUCGAACGCAAGAGGGCGAAGAUGCUGCCGGGAUUACCAGGGGCGGGACAAGAGGGGCGGGUCA